GACGUAGAGGGCAGGGGGGCGGGGCGAGGCGAAAGUAUGGCGGAUGUGCAUCGGUGAGUCGGGUCGGCCGGAGGGAGAGAGAGAGAGACGCAGCAGCAGCAGCAGCACAGGGAGACCCUGUCAGUGUGUGCAGGCUCUUCUCAGCAGGAAUCCCUGACCUGUCCUCCCUGCAGGACGUCUGCAGCUCCACUAGCUUCGAACGCUAAAAACCUGGGAUGUCCAGCUUCAGGAGUUCGGACGCCCGUGGAACAGUGCGCAUUGGUGAGCGCACACCCGCCCCCACCCCCCCCCGGACAAAAGUCCGCUUGGCUUUCCGCUCGCUGUCCUUGGGUGAGCCGCUCGCUGCCCCUGCCAUGAUGGGGCCCCGGCGGAAAUCCACCAGGACGCUGAACUCAGGAGGACCGGCGGCCGACCCCCUCCGGCAGCAGGAGCCCAAGGACUACAUCAACGAGCUCUCGCACGAAGUGCUCUGCCACAUCUUCCGGUACCUGCCAAUGCAGGACAUCAUGUGUAUGGAGUGCCUGUCUCGGAAACUGCGGGAGGCCGUGACCCUGUACCUGCGUGUGGUCAAGGUGGUUGACCUGUGCGCUGGGCGCUGGUGGGAGUACAUGCCUUCAGGGUUUACGGACUCCAGCUUCAUGAUGCUGCUGAAGAAGAUGCCAGACCUGGAGCAGCUGUACGGGCUGCACCCCCGAUACCUGGAGCGGCGAAGAGUCCGAGGGCACGAGGCCUUCAGCAUCCCGGGAGUCCUGGAGGCCCUGCAGGCCUGUCCCAACCUGCUGGGAGUAGAAACGUCUCACCUGGAGCUGGUGGAGGCCAUCUGGAACUACAUGCCUCAAGUUCACAUCCUGGGGAAGUUUCGCAACCGGAAUGGGGCUUUUCCCAUCCCCCCUGAAAACAAGCUCACUAUUCCCGUCGCGGCCAAAAUCCAGACCCUGCACCUUGUUGGUGUUAACGUUCCAGAGAUCCCCUGCAUCUCCAUGCUGAGGCAUCUCUACCUGAAGUGGGUCCGUCUCACAAAGCCCCAGCCUUUCAAAGACUUCCUCUGCGUCAGCCUGCGCACCUUCGUCAUGAGGAACUGUGCAGGUCCCACAAACUCGCUGAAGUACGUGCCUCUGGUGACGGGCCUGGCGUCGGCGAGGAACCUGGAGCAGCUGGAGCUGGUGAGGGUGCCCUUUCUGGGGGGGCUGAUCCAGCACGUGGUGGAGGACAGCUGGAGGUCAGGGGGGUUUCGCAAUUUGCACACUAUUGUGUUUGGUGCCUGCAAGAAUGCACUAGAGGUUGACCUGGGCUACCUCAUCAUCACCGCGGCUCGCAGACUGCAUGAAGUUCGAAUCCAGCCUUCCUUAACCAAAGAUGGGGUGUUCUCUGCACUGAAAAUGGCAGAACUGGAGUUCCCCCAGUUUGAAACAUUGCACCUUGGCUACGUUGACGAAUUCUUGUUGCAGUGUAAAAUGAGCCAUUCUGACCUGGUGAAGUAUGGCUUGGCAGAUGUUAUUGAGAACCCAGGCAUCAUCACUGACAUAGGAAUGAAAGCCGUCAAUGAAGUCUUCUCCUCCAUCAAGUAUCUUGUCAUCUACAACUGUCCUCAUCUCCACAACCCUCACAAUUGGAUCACAGAUCACUCCCGCUGGAGCCGACUGGUGGACCUUACUCUAGUGCGUUGCCACGCCAUCAAGCUGGAGUCUUUCAGCCAGUUCGUCGAAUUGCUGCCCAGUCUGGAGUUCAUCUCCCUGGACCAGAUGUUUAGAGAGCCUCCCAAGGGCUGUGCCCGUGUGGGCCUGAGUGCGGGCACAGGGAUCGGCGUGUCCUCCGCUCUCGUCAGCAACCAGAACUCCAACAACGACAACGACAACAACAACCAUCAGAACAACAACAACGCCAACGCCCCCCCGCACCGCAACGAGAACGGGGAGGACGCGGGGGCAGCGGAGAGGGCCGCCCCCGAGCAGCGGAUUAACGCUGGAGGUACGGCAGGCGCUAUCGGGCUGGACCAGGCUCGCAGUCCCAGUGGAGUGCAGCCGGCCGUAAAAAAGCCACCCAUCGUGGUUUUCGACUCGGACAGUGAGGACGAGGAGGAGGGGGACCGGAUGGCAGCACCCACCCCUCUCGAACCUGGGUACCAGGAGGAUGGAGAGAAGAUCAUGGACACAGAGGAGCCAGUUGGGCACAGCACCGGGGCGCCCCCCUCGGGGCCGGGGGAGGCAGGCUCCGAGGCCCCCGCCAGGACCCGGUGUGUGUUGGAGCCGCAGGCCGAUGGCCAAGAGAGGACGGGUGGCAGCUCCAGUUCCUCUGAGGAUGGCAGUCAUACUGGGCCGCGGGACAGCAGAGCCAGGGAGGGGGGUCACCGGCGGCCGGUCACGCGGGCCAGCAGCAGGCAGUCCUGCGUCCCUCUGGUCUCCGAGUCGGAACUCUCCAAGCCAAAACCCCGCCCAGCAGUGAAGAGGAAACGGAUGGCGGACAAGUCGACGAGCACCAGCGACCCCGUCACUGAGGAUGACCAUGUGCAGGUGCUGACCCUGAAAUCCAAAAAUCUUGUAGGAAUCACACUAACAAACUGUGGAAUCACUGACCUGGUGCUGAAAGAGUGCCCCAAAAUGAUGUUUAUUCAUGCCACCAGGUGCCGGGUGCUGAAGCACCUGAAGGUGGAGAGCGCCCCCAUCGUGAACCGCUUCGACUACGCCCAGUGCAAGAAGCUCAACAUGGAGCAGGUCCUGGACCAGAUCCUGCGCAUGCCCCCCGAGAGGAACCGCAUCAUUUACAUGCGGCCCAUGCAGCAGGUGGACUCCCUGACCCUGGAGAGGAAGAUCUUCAGCGGGCCCUACCCCUACCACAUCUGUAUCAUCCACGAGUUCAGCAACCCGCCCAACGUCAGGAACAAGGUGCGGGUCCGCAGCUGGAUGGACACCAUCGCCAAUAUCAACCAAGAGCUCAUCAAGUAUGAGUUUUUCCCAGAAGCCACCAGGACAGAAGAGGAUGUGAAGAGGUACCCAAACUACCCAUGGGGCCGGGAUAUCUACACUUUAGAGGGUGUAGUAGAUGGCGCCCCUUAUUCUAUGAUCACCGAUUUCCCAUGGCUGCGAUCCCUACGCACCGCAGAGCCCAACAGCUACGCACGCUACGACUUUGAAGACGACGAGAACACCACGAUCUAUGCUCCUCGACGGAAGGGCCAGCUGUCAGCGGACAUCUGCAUGGAGACGAUCGGGGAGGAGAUCUCUGAGCUCCGGCAGACCAGGCGCGGGGUCUUCCAGAGGGUGGUGGCCAUCUUCAUUCACUACUGCGACGUCCGGGGGGAGCCGGUCGAGGACGACUACAUCUGAGCCGGGAAGCCUGGGAACGCUUCUCCCACGAGGUCUCCCGCUGCCCCGGCAGGGAUCCGGCCAGAGAGUGAGGAAGACGGGGGGGGUCGCCCCCCCUUUUUCUAACUCGACCACAGACCACAGAGCCCAAGGGGAGCCUCAGGUUUGGCAACUUGUGAUGGCUGUGGACAAGGACAAAUGACAUUUUUUUUCCCCCCCCAUGAUCCCCAGCGGCUAUAAAAGCAUAACCUAACUAAAAGGAGAUUCCUACCCACAUAUGUAUUCAUUAACAUUAGAACAGCCUACAUUUGCUUUUUUACCCUAAGUAGUUGGUAUUCAAGAGCCCUCAUUUGCAAUGAUUGGCUGCCCAUACCAGAGUCAGAUUAAGGAUGAUUUUACGGCUUUCUCUGCGUACCAGCUUGCACUGAGCCCAUGGAGUUCAUGUUUUGACGUCGGCGUCUCAUGCCGCAAAAAUGAAGGGGGGGGGGGGAGAGAGAGAGAGAGCACCCCAGGGACUUGAACCGAGCAGAAAUGUAGGACAGGGUGGAAAAACACAGAAAGACAAAAUAAAAAGAGAAAACUUUGUGGGCGUUUCAAGUACAGGGCAACGCAUCUCCAUCCAAUAUUGGUGCUGCUGCUCUUAAUGCUUUGUGAAGAGCAUUGCAAUUCGCUUUAUAUUUGGCGAGGAGUUGUUUGCUUCCUUUGGCAUAUCCAGGAGUUUGAUGCUACCACGGUAAAAAGCCCUUAUUCCAGAGUGGCAUCGCUUCCUGACCUGCUACCUCUGGUGCUCACAGUCCAACACAAGCAUGGGAGCAGCACUUGCCUAGAAGUGUCCUUAGAUCUGCUUUCUGCGUUUGAUAAGAUCAGCUUGAAUUUUAUGUCGUUGUUUUCUUUGUUUUAAACUCUCUCCGCGUUUUUAGUUAGUCUUUCUCUCCUGCAGUGGGGCAGGACGCACGUCUCUGCUGUAAGCCAGUCUUGUUCGUUCCGCUAGAAACGCAGCAAGUCCAGAAAAAAGAUUUAUGAUAAAAAAACCUAAUGCCCGCUUUCUUGCAUCAUUUUUUUUUUUAGUUUCUAAAUUUCUCUCACAGGUUCUCCUUCCGAAAUAAAAUAGAAAAAAAAAUGCAGUCCAUUAUCAGGCAUCUUUUAUGCAUCUUUUUUUUUCCUCUUUAAUUUAAUUGAACCCAUUUUAGGAAACCAAAUAUAAAGCACUGCCUUGAAUCAGGAGCAUGGCUGGCUUUGUUUCCGAAUGCGUCUCUUUCUCAUUAAGAGCACAUCAGGCAUGCAGUCUCGACAUGGAAAUGCCCCUCUGUGUGCGUAAAGGAGAUCUCAGAUCUCUCUUCUUAUUGUUUUUGAAUAGGAAUCUGAACAAAUUGGAAUGAUUCUCAACUGCAAGCUUUUAGUUUUUUUUGUUGCUUUUGUUGCACUUCUAAGGAGAUCCAUUAAGAAAUACAAAGCAGUUUUUUUAAGUGUCCUCGGCACGGAUGAAACUCUUACUCCUGCUCAGCUCCGACCCUCGGGUAGAUGCGCAAGUACUCAGUGAGCAACGAGAGCAUGAUUUUGUGCACAUUUCUGUGUAUGAGGCUCUGACUAGAAUAUAAAUUACAAAUGACACACUUGAAGUAGAAGACUUUCAUCAAAAAGCUAAGGGUGCUGUUGAAAUAAAAUUUAAAAGCCGUCAGAAUAAAUCUUUGUAGCUUCUCAAUGCUUGUUUUUUUUUUACUGUUCCUUCCGCUGCCCCUGAAAAACGUCAGCGUGCUGGCAGAUGCACUACCCCAGGCCGAAUGGAUUUCUUCAGAAACAUGUGUACAGGAAAACUGUA